AGUACACACAUCACUAAGCUCCAAGCUACGGGCUGAGCUCUGAGCUCCGACUUGAGACUUGAGACAGGAGGCAAGUGCCCACCAGUCCCAGACCCAGGACACAGACUCCUAAGCCUGUAGGCACCCAGAGGUUCUGGCCUGCCCAUCAGCAGCCAGAGCCUUGGGGACUCUGGUGGAGCUGAGAAGGAGUGCUUAUCCAACUCAGCACUGCCUCUAGCCUUCAGGUCCCUGAAGACUCCAGUUCGGAGAGGAGAAUUGCACCUACUGCUUUCAGGCACCAUAAAUCAAAAAACGUUAGGGGACAGAUGUUGCGGUGAGAAACCCGUGAUGAAGAUGUCCUUGUCCCCGGGAAGCAGGAGGUAGAGAAGUUCCCUGCAGGCUGUGGGCGAAUCCCACUGCCUGGUUCCCACCAUGAAGGAUCUUCCAGCAUUCCCUUGCAGCUGGGUCUGGCUACUCUGGUCCUUUUGCAGCGUCCAGGUGUGUAGCACUCAGCCCAGAGCCCAGGAACAUCCAGGCUUUGCGGUCUUGGCUUCUGCUUCUCAUUACUGGCCAUUGGAAAAUGUGGAUGGGAUCCUUGAGCUUCAGGACACAACUGGAGCGCUGCGAACCCUCAACCUCACUGUGCCUCUCUCCCACAAUGCUACUUUUGUCUUUACCAAUGACUCUGCCUACUCCAACUUGUCUGCGACUGUAGAUAUCAUGGAAGGGAAGGUGAACAAAGGCAUUUACCUCAAGGAGGAGAAGGGCGUGACGUUUCUCUACUAUGGCACCUACAAGUCAUCCUGUAUUAGCAACCCGGCCCAGUGUGGACCAGAGGGAGUGACAUUUUCAUUCUUCUGGAAGACUCAAGGAGACCAGACCCGACCAGCCCCGUACGCAUACGGGGGACAGGUCGUCUCUGACGGGUUCAAAGUCUGCUCUAGUGGUGGAAAGGGCUCUGUGGAGCUGUACACACGUGAUAAUUCCAUGACGUGGAAGGCCACCUUCAACCCUCCCGGUCCUUACUGGACUCACGUCCUGUUCACGUGGAAAUCCAAGGAGGGCCUGAAGGUCUACGUCAAUGGGACUCUGAGCACCUCGGACCCCAGCGGGAAAGUGUCACACACCUACGGGGAUCCCCACGUCAACCUGGUCAUAGGGUCAGAGCAGGACCAGACCAAGCGUUACGAAAACGGAGCUUUUGAUGAAUUCAUCAUCUGGGAACGGGCACUGACUCCUGACGAGAUCAAGAUGUACUUUACCGCUGCCAUUGGUAAACAUGCUCUGUUGUCUUCAACACCACCAGCGAUGCCCACCGCACACACCGUGAUACCCACAGAUGCCUACCACCCUAUCAUCACCAACCUGACCGAGGAGAGAAAACGCUUCCAGAGACCGGGAACUGUGCUGAGAUACCUUCAAAAUGUGUCCCUCCGCUUGCCCAAUAAAUCCCUCUCAGAGGAAACGGCGCUGAACCUCACAGAGACCUUCUUAAGAACGGUGGGUGAGGUCCUCCUACUGCCCAGCUGGACCCAUGAAUCAGAGGACAACGCCAUGACGCUGGGCCUGGUUGACACCAUCGAUACCGUCAUGGGCCACAUAUCAUCCAACCUACAGUCCAGAGAACCCCAUGUCACCCUCACAGGCUCGUCCUCCACGGCAGAAUUCACUGUGGCCAAGGUCCUCCCACCAGCGCUCAGUGCUCCCCACUAUAGAUUCCCAGCCCAUGGGCAUAGCUACAUUGAAAUUCCGAGAGAGGCCCUUCACAGCCAAGCCUGGACCACGAUUGUCGGCCUUCUCUACCACACCAUGCACUAUUAUCUGAAAAACAUCCACCCAACCAGCACAGAGAUCCCCGAGGCUGUGAACUGCAGAGACUGCCUGCUGUCUGUCGCCAGCCACCUGAUCUCCCUGGAGGUGUCCCCACCACCCACUCUGUCCCAGAACCUAUCCGGCUCUCCUCUGAUCACUGUGCAUCUCAGACACAAACUGACUCAAAAGCAGUACAGCGAUGCCACCAAUGAGAGCAACCGUCUCUUCCUGUAUUGCGCCUUCCUUAACUUCAGCUCCGGGGAAGGCGUCUGGUCCAGCCAGGGCUGUGCACUCACAGAAGGAAAUCUCACUUAUUCAGUGUGCCACUGCACACACCUCACCAACUUCGCCAUCCUCAUGCAAGUGGUCCCACUGAAGCUCACACAUGGACACCAGGUGGCGCUGUCGUCCAUCAGUUACGUUGGCUGCUCUCUGUCAGUUCUCUGCCUGGCUGCCACCCUGGUCACCUUCGCAGUACUGUCUUCUGUCAGCACCAUUCGGAACCAGCGUUACCACAUCCACGCCAACCUGUCCUUCGCUGUCCUGGUAGCCCAGGUCUUGCUGCUGAUCAGCUUCAGCAUGGAGCCUGGCACGGUCCCGUGCCAGGUGCUGGCUGUCCUCCUACAUUACUUCUUCCUGACCGCCUUUGCUUGGAUGCUGGUGGAGGGACUACAUCUCUACAGCAUGGUGAUAAAGGUCUUCGGCUCAGAGGACAGCAAGCACCUCUACUACUAUGGGAUAGGCUGGGGGUGCCCUCUCCUCAUCUGCAUCAUCUCCAUAUCAUCCUCUAUGGACAGCUAUGGGACAAGUGACAGCUGCUGGCUGGCUCUGGGGAGUGGCGCUAUUUGGGCCUUUGUGGGCCCGGCUCUGUUGGUCAUUGUGGUCAACAUUGUUAUCCUGGUUGCUGUGACGAGGGUCAUCUCCCACAUCAGCACUGAUAGCUACAAGAUACAUGGGGACCCCAGUGCCUUCAAGUUGACAGCCAAGGCUGUGGCUGUGCUGCUACCCAUUCUGGGGACCUCAUGGGUAUUUGGGGUGCUUGCCGUCAGUGACCGGGCCCUGGUCUUCCAAUACAUGUUUGCUAUACUCAACUCUUUACAGGGCCUCUUCAUCUUUCUCUUUCACUGUCUCCUGAACUCAGAGGUAAGGGCUGCCUUCAAGCACAAGACCAAGGUCUGGUCCCUCACGAGCAGCUCUGCCCGGACCGCGAACACGAAGCCUUUCAGUUCAGACACCGUCAAUGGGACCCGUCCAGGCACGGCAUCUACAAAGCUAAGCCCUUGGGAUAAGAGCAGCCAUUCUGCCCACCGUGUCGACCUAUCCGCUGUGUGAGCAGGGUGACCUCUGUUCAAAAGAAGUGCCUUCCCUGAAGCAGAGAAAAAAAUGUAUACCCUGCCUACAUCCUGGGUCCCUCUUCUUCUUGAUACCUUGGCCUGGGAUAAUGGCCCCUACCUAUGACUGUGCAGAACGUCCUGCCUGGCACUGCAAGUGGACUCAGGGUGGUGAGGGCAGCAGUGAUGUAGCCCUCCUUCCCUGGUGUGGUGGGCACUUCUGUCCUCUGUGGACACCAGAGUGCAGAGUAGCCCAUGGUGACCACUAAGACCGGACCUCCCUUGUUAUCGUAUGCACAGAGCAACAUCCCAGCAAGCCUGCAUUAAAUGACAUGUAAAGAUGGGGCUAGAGGACAUAGCCUCAGCCUUGAAGGAGACUCACAGUCCUGAGGGCUACUCAAUGUCUUAUGGUUCUCCAGAGGGUCCACAGAGGUGGUAGCCGAGCCAUGUAGGGGAAUGAAGCCAGCACCAAUUGGAAUGUACAUCUUCACGUAAGGGGACACUAAUUGAGCCACCACCCACCCUAGCUGUACAGCCAGUUCUGGACUCUCCGCCUUUGCCCGUUUGGAGUCGCCCACUAUCCCUUGUAUGGAUCUUUGUGAAGACAGUCUAAAGGAGCCACUUCAUGGGACCCGAUGCUGUCUAUUCUCUGCAAGUUGUUCCUUGAUGGACCUAAAGUCAGCCUUAGAAUAUUCUUUUCAAACACGAGCCUCUCUACUGUCCAUGACCUCCUUGGGGGCUGAGCUUCCCUGCUGGGUGUCCCCCUGUACCUGUAUGUCCUGGCUUUCUGGGAGUGUUGCUACCCCUAGGGUCUGUGUUCUCAUUAUUUAGACGUGCCUCCUCCGUAAGAGCCAACAGGCAUCAGACAGCUUAGACAUUGGAUGUCCCUCAUGUGACAGACCAGACCAGCCACAUUGCAGAGGCUGAUUUCCUCCCAGUAAGGGGUGGGGGGCACACCAAGUCUCUGCUGCUGGCCAGGGUGACCACUGUAAGCUUUGGGUUUGGUGUGAGUGGACAGAAAUAGACUCAGCCCUGGGAAGUACAGUCAUUGUGACAACAAGGUCCACAUGGAGAUGGAGAUCCCCGAGGACUAAGGAGCAGGCUGUGAAGGGCCAACCAGUGUGACAAGGAGCUUAAGUGUCUGUGACAUGCACAGCCUAGAUGGCCAGUCUGGCCCCAAUACUGGAAAACUCUCACUUCCCAUGAGAUCCCUAACAGCCCUGAGCCCCUUCUUAUUCCCAUGCCUUACUUGGCUUUAGGAUAUGUUUCCGCUCAGAUCUUUUCAGCUUAAAUGUUCUCUGUUCUUUUCUCCACUGUAAUGAAGUAGAGCCAAGGCCUGGCAUAGCCAGGCAAGCACUCCACACUGAGCCACACCCCAGCCCCUAAGUGACAAUUUCCUACAGGCGUCCAGAAGCCACAAGGCUAUAAGGCCAGACUUUGCUCUGGCUAAGCCAGGACUGAAAUCUAUUAGCCAAAUGGGACCCUCUGACCUACCCUCCUGCAGCCCCUUUGGCCAGUGCAGGCUGAGGCCAUGCUGAGACUCUGUAUCUGGUGACAAGUCCUGUUCUAAAGAAUGUGGGUGGUCUCUGCUCAGCAUCUCAUCCUUCCUCAAACCAAACACCGGUGACCCAGGGUCCCACCUGCCCUGCUGAGCUCCUAGUAGUGAGAACACUGUAUCCCUCCCAUGCACGCUGGACUCCCACUAAAGCAAGGCAGACCAGGCCAGUCCUUUAUUCCCAGUGGGAUUCUCAGUUUCUGGCUUUUUUUUUUAAUACUCGCUCUUAUGUAGCUGAUAUAUCAAGGGAAGUCAAGAGCAAAACCUGUCUCGGCUUCCCAUCUCCAGUGAGUGAAAGCGUGUGCUUUAUUUAUAGGCUCCCGACUCUGGCUUCUGCAGUCAUUUGUUAUCUGUGUAUAAUUUGGCCCUACAUAAAUUAGGAAGAAUGGUGUGUGUGCGUCGUUUGUGGCAGAGGGACGAUGAUGAGUCGCUGCUAUAGUGAAGACAUGUUGUGAUUUUGAUGAAAUAAACUCUUAAUGUCCUUAA